AUUAAAUAAACAAAUAACAACAACAACCAAAAUGAAAUUCUUCAUCAACGCCGUUGCUGUAUUCUUGUUGGUAGCCUGCGUCUGUGCUGCUGCCACCGACAAAAAAGACACCAAAGAAGAAGCUCCUGCCGAGGCAACCAUCAAAAUCUACAAACGUUUGAUUCCAGCUGAUGUGCUUAGAGAUUUCCCCGGUAUGUGCUUUGCUUCCACCCGCUGUGCCACAGUUGAAGUUGGCAAAUCAUGGGAAUUGACACCAUUCUGUGGUCGCUCAACUUGCGUACAAAAUGAAGAAGAUCCCUCAAAAUUGUUGGAAUUGGUUGAAGAUUGUGGUCCAUUGCCAUUGGCCAAUGAUAAAUGCAAAUUGGACACUGAAAAGACCAACAAGACAGCUGCCUUCCCCUACUGCUGUCCCGUCUUCACCUGUGAACCUGGUGUAAAAUUGGAAUACCCUGAAGCUGUUAAGGAAACCAAGAAGGAAUAAAUUUAUUUAAAAA